AUGGACCCUGAAACUCGACAAAAAGUUGAAGAAAUGGUGUUGGAUAUACUCAGAAAAGCCAUCAUUGAAGAAGCCACUGAGUUCACUGUCCGACUUGGCGCUUCCGAACGACUCGGUAUCGACCUUUCUGACUCACACAGCAGAGCAAACUAUUUGUCAGAACCAUUAUCGACUCUUACCUCGUCUCUAUCGCCACCGAUGGCGACAAACCGAAUGAACCGCCGCAACCGCCGCAAGUUUCCGCCGAGGCAGUGA